AUGGCGAGGCGAUCGUACAAGACGGAAUUGGGAUGCAUAGCGUGCGAGGAGCUGGGGGAGCUCGGAGCGGGAAAACCUAACUGGCUGGUGGAAACCCCUCACCUCCUCUGCGCCAUCGACACCCACUCCCUCCUCCUCGCCAACCGCUCCACCAUCCUCCUCCUCUCCUGGUCCGCCCACUCCGAUCCGCCCCUCAAGAUCCGACCCGACCUCUCCCCCAUCGAGGCAGAGUCCAUCACCGCCCUCGAAUGGCUUGCCUUCCAAGACCACCGCGUCAUCGUCGCUGGCACCUCCUCCGGAUACCUCCUCCUCUACUCCCUGCGGGGGGAUUUGAUUCAUCGCCAGUUAAGAGUUCGUGGAACAAAGAAAGAUUUGAUUCAAGAUACCUCUUCAGAAGAGUUUUGUCUCAUAUUGCCCGGUGUAAUUGCCCGUUUUGAUGGCUCAGAUGUUCAGAAUAGGCUGCAGAAAUGGUUUGAAGAAGCAAACUCUCGGUUUUGGGAUCAAAAACCAAAGAGCCAAGAUUCAGAGGAUUUUGGAAAUACUGAUGUAACAAUACCUUACCAGUUGUGGAAUAUUGGUAAGCAUGGUACCUGUUCUGAUGCAGCAAUUACUGGCAUAAUGCCACCUCCGCUUAUGGAACACCAGUCAAGUCAACGUUAUUAUUGUGCAGUGGCUGUUGGAGAGGAUGCUGUGAUUUCAGCAUACAGUAUUAUAUUGACUUUGUUAUUGUUUGAUCCCUUGGGAAGACUUUCUGAGAGCAAAGGCCGGUCUUUAGUGGGAGCUAUCUUGUCUAGAGUUGUACCUGCGACAUUUUCCACAUUAAGUUCUUUUUCAAAGUUGAUAUGGCGGAGUGAACCGUCCUCUCCAAAGAAGUCUCCGAAGAAGGUAGAUCAGAAGCCUCAGCCAUUUGCACGAGCUUCACCUCUGACAUGUUUAAUGGAUCACCCUAGGAAAGGUGAGAAGCUUACCUUAUCACCGAGUGGUACAUUGGCUGCUAUAACCGAUUCACUUGGUCGCAUAUUGUUGCUUGAUACUCAAGCACUUGUGGUGGUGCGCUUAUGGAAGGGAUAUAGGGAUGCCAGCUGUCUAUUCAUGGAGAUGUUGGUGAACAAUGAUGUUGCAUCAUCAAGCUCUUCUUACUCUGAACCAUUGAAGAGUGAUUAUUGCUUGUGUUUGGCUAUUCAUGCACCUAGAAAAGGAAUUAUUGAGAUCUGGCAAAUGAGAACUGGACCACGUCUCAGAACGAUUUCAUGCGCAAAAGGUAGCAAAAUGUUACAACCUAGCUACAGGUUUGGAGCAUCAAUGUCUUCGCCUUAUGUCCCUCUGGAAGUUUUCUUGUUAAAUGGGGACUCAGGUCAGAUAUCAAUCGUAAAUCGAACCUUGGAUUCUUGA